GGGUGAACUCCGCAAUCAAGUGCACUUUUCACUUGAUUUUUGAAUGUUUCUUUUACCCCGGACCCUCGGCUUUUUCAGCGGGCGAAAUGUAUGAUUCCACCUGUAACGUUUCCGAUUGCUUCUUCAUCAAAGCUUGCUUGGCUGAGAGGAAGCGCUGCUGACGGGGUCUCCUUGCAAAUGCAUCUUCAUUUGUUUUUUUGCAGGCUGCUACAAUUAAACUACCCGGCGCGAAAUGAAUCCUCCCGCUCAUCUCCCGCUCAUUUCCGCGGGUGGUCUCCUCUCUAUGGGAAAUUUUCGAAGUCAGAUGUAAUAUAAGUUUCCAAUGACCUGCUCGUUCGUUUCGGCUGAUCGCGCUCCAUUGCAUCCCGCUCUCCAACAUUUAGCUUGUCCUUGGGAAAAUUUUCUGUUCUCAUUGCUCCUUGAAAUGCGUGUUUCGUCUUCUUUGAUUGCCCUGGCGGCAUUGGCUGUCCAAGCUCUUGCUUUGCCUGUCAACGAGUUGGCUGAGCGCGAUACUGGACUCGAUGUCAAGCUCAUCCCCAUUGGAAACACCCGUGUGAAGGCGAUCAUCACCAACAAUGCUGACCAUGAGAUGUCCUUUGUGAAGUAUAAUACGUUGUUUGACUCCUCACCUGUGCGCAAGGUCCAGAUCUCCAAGGAUGGCUCUAUUGUUCCCUUCAACGGCAUGCGUCUCUACUAUGACAUCAACAACCUUCCGAAGGAGGCCUACAAGACUUUGGCCCCAGGUGCCAGUGCUGAAGCUGAAUUUGAUAUUGCUGAGACAUCUGACCUCUCUGCUGGUGGCUCCUUUGAGAUCUCUGCUGAAGGCAGCAUCCCUGUCAUUGAUGGCCAGGGCACUAAGCCCACUGGCUCAAUUCGAUUCAAGGCAAAUGUCUUGACCAUGGAUAUUGAUGGUGAGAUGGCCUCCAAAGUGGCUAGUGCCAUUCCAGAGCUUGACAAGCGCACCCGUGUCGAUGGCCAGACUUGUACUGGUCAAUACGCCCAACUCCUGCAAGGUGGUCUUCGCAACUGUGUCACCUAUGCCCAGCGUGCCGCCCAAGCAGCUUCUGGGGGGAAUGCUCAGAAGUUCCAGGAAUACUUCAAGACCACCAGCCAACAGGCACGCCAGAGUGUUGCCAGACGGUUCCAAGCCAUUGCCCAAGAAUGUAGCUCUGCCAAUCAGGGCCGCACGAUCUACUUCUGCCAGGAUAUCUACCGCAACUGUCAGAGGGGUCUCAUUGCCUACACCAUCCCUGCCCGCAGCCAUGUUGUCAACUGCCCAGACUACUGGCGCCUUCCUCCUGUUGUCAACCGCGGCCUUGACCCUGACCACGGCUAUGUUGUUGUCCAUGAGUUCACACAUGCUACUAGCAUUUUCAGCCCUGGCACUGUUGACCAUGCUUAUGGAUAUGAGCAAUGCAGGAGACUUAAUGCCCAGCAGUCUCUUAGCAAUGCUGACAACUACUCUCUCUUUGCUGCUGAUGUCACCCGCAACUAAAGGAUAUCUUCCGCUGGCCAGUGAUGGAAUAAAGUAACUGGACUGUGCACGCCUUCAUUCUUUUCUCCCAUGGGAGAUUUUGUACAUACU